AUGCAAGUAGGGUUUCAUACAAUUGAGUCAUCUGCCAGACUACCUUCGCUAGACAAAGAGAUGCGAAAAAGGACUUGGCAUUGGUGUGUGGUCAACGAUGCCAGCAAACUAUCGCGACUCACUUAUGACAUCCUCAGUUGGCUAUUUGAGAACAAUAAAAGUCUCAAGGAUGAUCGUACUGUUUCUCAGUCCCUAGAGCUUUCUUUUCGCAGUUCGCAAGCUUUAUCCGAAUGGCUUCAAUCUAUCCCCGUGGAGUUACGACCAGAUCCUUCACUAGCCCCAGACCAAAAACAACGUUCAGCAUUGCUUGCUCAACGAUUUAAGACCAUGUUAGCGUUUCGCUAUUAUGGUGCCUGUGUUUUAAUCCAGAGACCAGUUAUAUUGUCCUUUCUAGAAUUCCAACCAGGAAGGUCUAAUGCAGAAAGUGACUCUCUCCUUCUGCAGAAUGCAGGGCUAUACUUUUUGAAGCGUUGUGUGACAACAUGUGAGCAAUGCGUCGUUCUCGCUCAAACCGUUGUCAAUGAAGAUCGCGGUGAAAAGGCCUCAAUGAUGCUUGUUGCCAUUAUUUUGAUAUUACAGAAGCCAGAAUUCGCAAAGGCAUUGGAUGUCGAGGGGCAGCGGAGUAUAUGGAGUUCCCUGGAAAGUUCGAAAAAUGUGCUUGUGUACUUGGAUAACAACAAUCUCGUCAUAUCUCGAUGUCGAGGAUUUCUAAAUGCUCUUUUAGAAACUAUUUCCUUCUCGCAUGACUCCAGCUCAAGGGCUGGACGAGGUCGUCUGAUCCCAGAGAAUGAAAUUUCGAGCCUUGGGAUUAGACAGCAUAACACCACGGACUUUGGGUUUGAUGCACACUCGCUUGGAGAUAACUUUGACUUCGAGGCGUUUGCCAGAGAAUUACUUGGUCCAGAACUGGAGCUUCUAAACGGUACCUAA